UUCUGUUCAUCCAUUCAUACCAGCCCAAGCCGCCACCUUCCUCUCUCUCCCCCUUCAUACUCGCCGGAGCGGCGACUCUCCUCACCUCCCUCCGCCCCUUGUGAUCUCCGAAUUCCCUUCUCAGGUUCCGAGGGCUGGCCCGUUCCUUCGAUCGACACCCCAGCAUUUUCCAUAUAUCUAUCUAAUAUCUCGAGUGAGUCCAUCGCCGGGGUUGCCGUCCUCGCCUGUUUCUGUUCUUCCUUCCGGUGAGGUGAGGACUCGGUUUGGUUUGAUCCAGGGUAUCAGAAGGAGUCAUCUAGGUGAUUGAUUGGUGGGAGGAAAGGUCCUCAGAGAAAGCCUUUGUUGAAAGGAAAUACUAUAAUAUCUUUCAAGCAGCUCUUCGAGAAGCCAUGAUACCUGCUGUAAAGCUCUCUCCUGGCCCUGUGGCCUUCUCUGGCACCAAUCUACGGUCCAAAACGGCUUCGGUUCCAUCUGUCUCAGGUCUCAAACCAUCAAAAUUUGUUGUCUCUUCACUCAGACCACUUUACCUUGCACCACUAGAUGGCCCAGGAGCUGCUGAGCAAAAGCCUCGGAGGAAGCCACUUGAGUUCAAAUGUGCUGCUUCUGCAGCUGAUGACAAGGAAUCCAAGACUGAGGUGGUGCCAAUCCGCUCGGAAGCUGCUCAGAAGCUAAAGAUCUCCAUAUAUUUCGCAACAUGGUGGGCGCUUAAUGUGAUCUUUAACAUCUACAACAAGAAGGUUCUCAAUGCUUUCCCAUACCCCUGGCUUACUUCAACUCUCUCCCUUGCCUGUGGCUCUGCGAUGAUGCUUGUGUCAUGGGCUACACGCCUUGUUGAGGCCCCCAAGACAGACCUAGAUUUCUGGAAAGUCCUUUUCCCGGUUGCUGUGGCUCAUACAAUUGGGCAUGUUGCUGCAACGGUGAGCAUGUCGAAAGUAGCAGUAUCAUUCACACACAUUAUCAAAAGUGCAGAGCCUGCAUUUAGUGUUUUGGUAUCAAGGUUCCUUCUCGGGGAGACGUUUCCGGUGCCUGUAUAUCUUUCCCUCCUCCCAAUCAUUGGUGGAUGUGCUCUUGCUGCUGUAACUGAGCUGAACUUUAAUAUGGUUGGAUUCAUGGGUGCCAUGAUAUCAAACCUUGCAUUUGUUUUCCGCAACAUAUUCUCAAAGAGGGGCAUGAAGGGGAAGUCUGUCAGUGGCAUGAAUUACUAUGCCUGCCUAUCGAUAAUGUCCCUGGUCAUACUGACGCCAUUUGCUAUCUCUAUGGAGGGCCCCCAAAUGUGGGCUGCUGGUUGGCAAAAGGCUCUUGCAGAAGUUGGCUCUAAUGUUGUCUGGUGGGUUGCUGCACAGAGUGUUUUCUACCACUUGUACAACCAGGUGUCCUACAUGUCUCUGGAUGAGAUUUCUCCAUUGACAUUUAGCAUUGGCAAUACAAUGAAGCGCAUUUCUGUGAUUGUUUCGUCAAUCAUUAUCUUCCACACACCUGUCCGCCCUGUCAAUGCACUCGGAGCUGCCACUGCCAUCCUAGGCACAUUCCUGUAUUCUCAGGCAAAGCAGUGAGGUCAAAAGGAUGGUAUGUUCAGGGCCAUGGAUGAAGAAGUGAUCCAUAUGAAGAAUUUCUCUGCAGAAUCAGUAGCAAGCACUGAGGCAAAUUUUGUUUGUGCAAAGUAUCUUGUAGAUAUAGGGGAGGUUAGGUUUUGAUGUUAGAUCAUAUUAAUAAUGGCUUAUGUUGCUCUUUUCUUUCUCCUUGUUAGUGCAAAUUGAACUCGAGAAGGCUAUGAACUGUGGUCGAGUGUAUCUUGAAAUAAAAACUGAAUGGAAAUUUUUCGAUGUUUCAUUCUGUGCGUGGGAAGGUAACUACCAUCCAAGU